AUGGAGCCAGUAGAGACGGACAGGAGCGCUGCGUGCAGGGGAUCAGCCAGCAGAGGCCCGAGGCAGCAGCAAGCUUGGAGGGCUCAGGGAGGAGACCGGAGGCCUGUGAGCACCAGGAGGCCCGUGAGCACCGGGAGGCCCAAGGAAAGCCUUGGCUCCCUCAGCUACUCCAACUCCAUCAGAGGCCGAAUACGGGGCCACCACGACCGAGUCAUUGUGCGGCACAAGGUGCCCCAGCUGAAGUUCACCUGCAGGGUGGACGGCCCGUCAGCAGUUGAAAUCAUUCCUGGGGCUGACGUCCCAAGGGAGGGUGCCGGCUACGAUGUGUCCAUAUCUUUCCUCGAGUUGCCUGUGUCCCAGCAUGUGGAGAGCAUGGGGCCAUACUAUGCCAGCCAGAGGAAAGAGGUCUUCCUCCAGGCCACACUCCACAGCCCGGAUCCCAGCCUGAGGCUCUUUGUGGAUACCUGUGUGGCUUCUCCAGAUCCUCAUGAUUUUACAACAGUCAAGUAUGAUUUGAUCCGGCAAGGAUGCAUCAAAGACAAUACCUAUGUCAACCUCCACUCCCGCCAGAAGAACAUGGCCCAGUUCAAGUUCAAUGCCUUCAGCUUUCUCAACAGCUACGAUGUGCUCUAUCUGCAGUGUAAGGUCGCCGUGUGCAAAGUGGGGGACCACUCUUCCCGCUGCUCCCAGGGCUGCGCAGGGCAGAGUAAGAGGGAUGCAGGCCCCACGGAGACCAUGGAGGAGCAGACUGAGCAUUUCCAAAUGGUGGGGCCACUGGAAAUCCGCAAACGAACUGAUCAGAGCAAGACCCUUGUGUGAUUUCUCCAAUUUUCACAUGAAUCUGUUAGAAAUUAGAAGCUAAGUCUGUUUAUUUUCAGUUAAGUAAUAAAUUUGACAAAGUUGUCUAUAUAGAGACAGGAUAAAAGAAAUAGCUAAAGAGGUUCUCUCUGAGGUUUGUUACUAAAUAAAUCUUCUCUGAUUACUAAACUUCUAAGGCAGUCAUUCUCUUUGCAGGCUAGAAAUGUUGCAUUUUCUAAUUCUUCACUAUCCAGAACU